GUGGGCCGGGCACGUGGGCGCCUCCGUCACACCCUCACACAUAUACACACGCGCGCGCGCGCACACACGCAUGCACACGCGCACCCGCACUCGCGCGCCUGUAUCCCGUGCUGUUUCCCUGGCAGACACACAGGCACUCACGAGUCUCUCCUUGCUAGCCUGCAGGGCAGAGACCCCCAAAACCCAGCUCCGGGGCCCAGCCUAGGCAAGAAGCUGCUUCGCUACAAAUAGCUCCUCUUCGGCCUCCGUCACAGCCACCUGGACCCUACCCUUUCGCGAGUGGGGCUGCUCCUGCCGGGACGUGGAGGCAGCAAGAGGCGCUUGGUCAAGACACCCUGACGGUACCUACAGAAUAUUGGACAUACGGAUUCAGAAUCCAGAAGACUUUAUCACCUGGAAUCAAGGAUUUAUUUGGUACCUUCUUGGUCUUCAUAUCAAGUAACAUUGUUUCAAAAAACAGAAUUAACAUAUUUGCCACAAAGGAGUUUUUUGUUUUUUCUUUAAUAAUACUUCACAUACUUUCCAAUGCCUAAAAACAGCAAGGUGGUAAAAAGAGAAUUAGAUGAUGAUGUUACUGAGUCUGUCAAAGACCUUCUUUCCAAUGAAGACUCAGCUGAGGAUGCUUUUAAGACAAGUGAAUUAAUUGUUGAUGGCCAAGAAGAGAAAGAUACAGAGGUUGAAGAAGGAUCUGAAGUUGAAGAUGAAAGACCAGCUUGGAACAGUAAACUACAAUACAUCCUGGCCCAAGUUGGAUUUUCUGUAGGUUUAGGAAAUGUGUGGCGAUUUCCAUACCUAUGUCAGAAGAAUGGGGGCGGUGCAUAUCUUUUACCAUAUUUAAUACUACUUAUGGUAAUAGGUAUUCCCCUUUUUUUCCUGGAACUCUCUGUGGGUCAAAGAAUUCGGCGAGGCAGCAUUGGUGUAUGGAAUUAUAUAAGCCCUAAACUGGGCGGGAUUGGAUUUGCAAGUUGUGUAGUGUGCUAUUUUGUGGCUCUCUACUACAACGUCAUAAUUGGCUGGAGUUUGUUUUAUUUUUCUCAGUCUUUUCAGCAACCUCUACCUUGGGAUCAGUGUCCUUUGGUGAAAAAUGCUUCACACACUUUUGUAGAACCAGAAUGUGAACAAAGUUCUGCCACUACCUAUUACUGGUACAGGGAAGCACUGAAUAUUUCAAGUUCCAUUUCCGAAAGUGGGGGCUUAAACUGGAAGAUGACCGUCUGCUUGUUGGCUGCCUGGGUCAUGGUUUGCUUGGCUAUGAUCAAAGGCAUUCAGUCUUCUGGAAAAAUCGUAUAUUUUAGUUCUCUGUUUCCAUAUGUGGUACUUAUAUGCUUCUUAAUCAGAGCAUUCCUUUUAAAUGGUUCAAUUGAUGGAAUUCGCCACAUGUUUACCCCUAGGCUUGAAAUAAUGUUGGAGCCCAAGGUCUGGAGAGAAGCUGCUACUCAAGUGUUCUUUGCCUUAGGGCUGGGAUUUGGUGGUGUCAUUGCCUUUUCAAGCUACAACAAGAGAGAUAACAACUGCCACUUUGAUGCUGUCCUGGUGUCCUUCAUCAAUUUUUUCACCUCUGUCCUGGCAACAUUGGUGGUGUUUGCAGUUCUGGGCUUCAAAGCAAAUGUCAUAAAUGAGAAAUGCAUAACACAAAAUUCAGAGAUGUUCAUAAAAUUUUUGAAAAUGGGAAACAUUAGUGAGGAUAUUAUUCCCCAUCAUAUCAACCUUUCAGCUGUUACCACGGAAGAUUAUCAUUUAGUUUAUGACAUCAUUCAAAAAGUGAAAGAAGAAGAGUUUCCUGCUCUACAUCUCAAUCCCUGUCAAAUUGAAGAAGAGCUAAAUAAAGCUGUUCAAGGAACUGGUUUAGCUUUUAUUGCCUUUACGGAAGCGAUGACACAUUUCCCUGCAUCUCCCUUCUGGUCAGUGAUGUUUUUCCUCAUGCUGGUAAAUCUAGGCCUUGGCAGCAUGUUUGGAACUAUUGAAGGGAUUGUCACACCCAUUGUGGACACUUUCAAAGUGAGAAAAGAAAUUCUUACUGUCAUCUGUUGUCUUCUGGCAUUUUGUAUUGGCCUGAUAUUUGUGCAACGCUCUGGAAAUUACUUCGUUACAAUGUUUGAUGAUUAUUCUGCUACAUUGCCUCUGCUAAUUGUAGUAAUUUUGGAGAAUAUUGCUGUAUGCUUUGUUUAUGGUAUAGAUAAGUUUAUGGAAGACCUAAAAGAUAUGCUGGGCUUUGCUCCCAGCAGAUAUUACUACUAUAUGUGGAAAUAUAUUUCUCCUCUAAUGCUAUUAUCACUGCUAAUAGCUAGUAUCGUGAAUAUGGGAUUAAGUCCUCCUGGCUAUAACGCAUGGAUUGAAAAUAAGGCAUCUGAAGAAUUUCUGAGCUAUCCACCAUGGGGAAUGGCUGUUUGUAUCUCUCUGGUUGUCCUUGCAAUACUCCCCGUCCCUGUAGUCUUCAUUGUUCGUCGUUUCAACCUUAUAGAUGAUAGUUCCGGUAAUUUAGCAUCUGUGACCUAUAAGAGAGGAAAGGUCCUGAAAGAGCCUGUAAACUUAGAGGGAGACGAUACAAGCCUCAUUCACGGAAAAACAUCAACUGAUGUGCCAUCUCCAAAUUUUGGUAAAAAUAUUUAUCGAAAACAGAGUGGAUCCCCAACUCUGGAUACUGCUCCCAAUGGACGGUAUGGAAUAGGGUACCUGAUGGCAGAUAUUAUGCCAGAUAUGCCAGAAUCUGAUUUGUAGCUGGGGGAAAAGUCAAUGGGCUUUAUUUGGUUCAUUUUUACCAAUGAACAUUGGCUCUACUAAGAGAAGCAUUAGGCUUCACUUCUCAGAGAGCGCUCUCAGGUGUUCCGUGGCUGUGAUCUUUAAUCCUUUUAUGUCAGUUCAACUCGAGCAUUCCUUUGGAUUCUUUGGUUUACAUUUGUGCAGAAAUGAUUGCAGACAAAUCUUAGGAUGGCUGAGGUCUAUGUUUGCCAGGAUUUUUCUUAAAGUACCUUUGGUGUAUUUUCAAGUAUUUCUAUCUCUUAAAAAUAAUAAUAAUAAAAAAAAACUGGUGUUACCUCAGUUUCUAAUAAUUUCUGGGUUUCGUAGUGUUGGCAAUUAAAAAUGGUAUACCUUAAAAUUUAUAAGUUUGCCUUCAGGGUAACUUCCAGUAUCACAAUGAGCAGUUCUGUAAGUGGGUGCCUCUCAGCACAUUUCCAUGAAUAUAUUUUGUAGAUAGGCUGUAUUGAUUCUGGUAGCAUUGAUACCUUCUUAGGCAAUUAGUUGAAGAAAACUGCAAAGUAUUUUCUUAUGUAAUAGCUGUAUAGAGCAAGCGCAUCGAAGCAUAAGAAGGCACUAAUGCUGGGAUGAAAGAUGAGAUUCAGAGGUGAUUGAGGAUCAUGUGAGUGAUGGCUGUAUAUUUUGUGUAAAAUAUAUGUGUGAAAAUGAACUAAGAGUGAGUUACUCAGCACUCUCAAGAAUUAUGCAGAGUCUGCAUUUUUCUUAUGCCGUGUGCCUAAAAACCUACUUGAUAUUUAUUGUAGUUUCAAGAUUAUUCAUAGUAUAUUUAUAUAAUAUACUUGCAAUGCAUAUAAGUACUUAAAGUACUGAUUUGGAAACUUGAAGCAAGAUGGCAUUUUAAUUCAUACAUUUCUGUUUUGCUUCUGUUUUAUGCAGAUAUAAAUCAUUUUUUAAGUGAUUGUUAAAAUUGUAAUGCAUUACAUUUUAAUCUACAAAUAAACAAAGUUUAAAAAUGAUGUUUGUUUUUCAUAUUGAUUUCCUUUGUAUCACCUGAACUGGAUUGUCUUUCAUUUCAGUAAGCACUUAGGCAUUUCAUAAUAACUAAACAUCGCAUUCCAAGUGGGAUUAAUUACAUUAAUUUAAUAGCGUUACCAACACUUCAGAGACAAAGGAAAAACAGAGUAUUAUGGUUGAAUGGUGUUCUUAUGUAGUCUCAUGGUUCUUGAAAAAGUACUUAUAGCCUCUCAAGAAACCAUGUGUACAGCUGACUGCUUGCUGGGUCAAUAUUGUCUGUAAAGUAUAAAGAACUAUGAUUUGUAAAUAAAAUUGUUGUAUACAUGA